AUCGUCCGCUUUGUUGUUAUCGCCUCAUAUGUUGAAACACCAUCACCGUGCAUCGUGCACAGCAAAUUUCACGUGAAUUGUGUUGAAUUAAAACGGCCUGCAAGAUGAAAUUCCCCUGGUCGCACACGACGAUAGUGGAUAUGAUACAAAAUGACCACAAAGUGGAGGAAAAAUGUGACCAAGUUACAAAAGAUAUUGUUGCUGGCAAGCUAAACAUUGCAGAAUUCGUUGAAGAGCUAGGUCCAGCACUGACCCACACCGAUGCGCCGAUACGCGCCAAAGGAACGACGCUCCUGUCCAACGUGCUGAUGGAUCUGCCCGUCGACUGUCUCAGUGCGAGUCAGGUGGAACUGUUGUGCACGUUUUACAUCGAUCGUUCGCUAGAUCACAACACGGUAACACCGAUGGUGCUGGCUGGCAUUGAUGCAUUGACACGCAUGACCCACUUCCCGGACGGUGCGGCCGUACGCUUGCUGCGAGCGCUUUUCGAGCGCGUUCCGUGCCAGAGUCAGAAGAAGCCGCAACGCACCCUGUACUUCCAGCUGUUCCUCCGGCUGGCCGAGCGGAAAACUUCCGAGCUGAAGGAGUGGGGAGUGGAUUUCGUGUACGGAGUGAUCGGUGCGAUGGAAGGCGAGCGCGAUCCGCGCAAUUUGCUGUAUUUGUUCGAACACAUGCCACCAUUGCUCCGGACCUUCCCGAUGUACCAUCUGGCGGAGGAGAUGUUUGAAACGUUUGCCUGCUACUUCCCGAUCGAGUUCCAUCCCAAUCCGAACGAUCCGGUCGUGAUUACGCGCGAAACGCUGGCAGAACUCUUGGCAAACUGUCUGUGCGCGACGGCCGAGUUGGCGCAGUUUGCCGUACCGCUGCUGCUGGAGAAGCUCGAUAGCAGACUGAUUGUGGCGAAGCUUGAUUCGCUUGCCCUGCUGACACGGUGCUUGGAGUUGUUGGACGUGCCAAAAAUAGAGGAACAUCAUGACGAGCUGUGGACGGCACUGAAAAAGGAGCUGCAGUCGGUCGGGACUAAGUCCGCCUCGGAGAAGGAGCUGGCAGAGGCAGUUUACACCGCGAUACAGGCAAUGGUAAGGAAUGCGUCCGGCAGCGAGCCAUCCGCUAAGGCGUUGCUCGAUAAGAUCCUGCUUAGCGUAAUGGGCGGUCUGAUGGAUGCCAGCUCCAAGCAGUUCGAAACGAACCUUCGCGUGGAGCUGAGCUGUGCCCAGGCGAGUGAGUACUGUGCCGUGUAUGUGAUAGAAAAGCUAGUUCCCAUGCUGCUCGGUCAGCUGCAUGCAGAUGGACCGAUGGAGCCGCGCACUGCAAGCGUGCUGAUCGACGCGAUACAGCGUCUGUGUGCCGUUUGUGCCCAUUGGUACUGCAUACACAAGCUGGACCCGGCAAUCGUGGCUCAGGUGCACAAAAAGCUUAUCGAAAUACUGCUGCAAGAAGCUGACGCUUGCGAACAGAAACGGUCGGCAUUGAUGGCCCUGGCUGCCGUACCGGAAAUGGUAACGAGCGAAAACCGAUACGUGGUGUACGGUACGAUAGUAAAGAUUUUGCUAGCCGCUGGAGACAACCCACCGCAAACGGUUGCAGCGGUCCAGGAGUGCUUGUUCUCGUUUGCCAUCCGCUACCAGCAGGAGGUGAAAACGGUCGUGCUGGAGAAGCUGAUCGCGCACGAAUAUGCCACAGCUAGUCCGGCGCUAGUGAAGCUUGUGUUCGAAACUCUCGCCAAAUUCAUCCUUUACCAUGGCUACGUGGAUAAGAUGAUCAAAUUUUUCCUGGCCAAAGUGUUUGACACCGACAAUGAACAGCUGGCCAUCGUUGCCAUGGAAACGUUGACGGAUGUUGUGGAGGGUGGCAAAUCAUCUCAGCUAGCUAAAGGAGAACUGUACGAGCAGUAUAAACUAAUCGAUCGAUUCUUCGACUAUGCAGCAGCGAACGACCGGCUAAGCUCCGAGUAUCUGCAUGCCAUGGCACAGCUGAUCGGUGCCAUCGUAAAGCAGCUGUCCGUGGAAGAUCAGAAAGAUUUGAUACUGAAACGGUUGCCAACGCUGCAGCUUCAACUGCGGGCCAAUCUUUACCUGGCUUCCGGAUUGCUCGGUUACCUCGAUCAAAGCGUGCCACUGGUCGAUCACUUUGAAAAUCUCGUCACCGACCUAAGCAAGCUGGCACUCGAAUCGGACGAUGAAAAGGUACGGUCCGUGUGCAACCGGUUGCUCUGCAGUCUGUUCAACCGAAUGCCCGAUGACGAACACCACCGUGGGGUGUUGAAGCGGCUGCUCAAAACCAUCCGCGGGGAGCUGAAAAAACACAACCAUCAGGCCGUAAUCAUACUGGGCUGGAUUGGCAAGGGACUGAUUGCACGCGGGCACGCGGAAGCCGGUGAAAUCGUGGACGACAUUGCGGAUCUGCUCGACCAUCCCACGCUCGGGCAUAUCGCAGCCCUUGCGUUCGAGAUUCUGUCGAUCGAAUUCCCCCAGCUGCAUCUACCCCUGUUGCGCAACCUGUUCAAGCAGAAGCUGUUCGUGUGGGUGAUGAAAAAGCUCGAGCAAAAGCUGGAGCACUACGCCGAGGCGCAUCUGAAAGCGUUGGCGUUUGUGCUGGCGGCCACACCGCACACGGUGCUGAAAAUGAACCUGUCCAAGGUUGGCCCGGUGCUGCUCAAGUGUCUCGCACAGGACGACGACAGAACGAUACUGGAAGCGUUGGCGAUCGUGGUGCGCUUUACCCGCGAUCAGGAUCCGUUCGUGCAGGACCAUCUGCAAACGUUGAUACCGUUGCUGCUGAAGCUGACCGUACGCCAGUCGUCGAUGAAAAUACGUAUCGCUGCCCUCGAAUGUUUGCUGUACGUGUGCAAAUAUCCCACCUUUCUGCUGCUACCCUUCAAGCAAAGCACACUGCUCGAGCUACAGAAACCGUUGGAUGAUCGGAAGCGUUUGGUAAGGAAUGCGGCCGUAGCCACACGGCUUCAGUGGUUCGUUCUGGGCAGCACGGAGGAAGCAAAAGGCGACAAGUGAGCUGCCUCACACACACACACACAUACACACCCACAAACAGGCCUACCUCGGGAAAAUUGUCCUGCCCAAAGCAAACAAGUACACGCGAUCGUUCCACAAAAACCGUGACGCAUUUCUGCCCAGUGUGUUUUACAGCCCCGGUUGGCUGUGUUGCUGCCGGUGUCAGUUAGCGGAAGAAAUCAAAUUUCAUUCGAUAACGACACUCCUCUUUGACACUUUUCUUUCACUUAUCUUAUUUGCUCGUUAUAUUUAGUACCGAAGCAUAUCGUUAGAACCAGAAUAAAGAACGAUUUACAACAGAACA